AAUGCUCCACUGGGAGGUACAGAAGUCUCACGAGAACAAGUCUUCAUCGUGUUUUUUAUUAGGCCUACUUAAAACUUUAUUAAUUAAUCGUAAUGUCUGUGAAUACCGGACACGGGCUGCCCUUCCUUCCGGGCAACACAUUUAGGGAUUUAACGAAAUCUGCUUUCCACAGAGCUCAAACUUUGGACUAUAAGAACGGUUACGCUGUGCCCCGUAGACCCACGUGUGGGAUCGGUCAGGAGCCGCUGGUGUCACUCAAUAUCAGUCACAGUGAACAGAAUCAGCUGAUCAGUGACAUCACCAACCUGACCUACGGAGCCGACACAAGCAGACACCCACCGCUUAACUUUAUACCAGCACAUGCUGCAUAUGACAAGAAGGUGCUGCGUUUCUAUGGUUACUUCCAUCAGGAAGUGUUACACUCCCCGGAUGAGAGCUUCCGCAUUCGUCCGGUGAUUAUUUAUUAUUAUCUGGAGGACGACAGCAUGUGCUUCAUUGAGCCUCAAGUAGAAAACUCCGGAAUUCCACAAGGAAAACUGAUCAAACGUCAGAGACUGACCAAAAACCAGCACGGAGAACUUUAUCACUGGAAAGAUCUCAACCUCUCCAUGGACAUGAGUGUGUUUGGAACCAUGUACAGAAUAACACACUGUGAUACUUUUACACAGGAGUUCAUGGAGAGUCAGGGAAUCGUCCUGAAUGAGCCAGAAUCCAUUCCCAGUGAUCCAUACAUCACCCGGCGCGCUCACGCACAAGAUGCCCACAUCACACCCUAUGAACAUAAUCACCAGCUCGAGCGCUUUCUCACCAAAGAUCGACAGGUGCUGCGGUUCUUCGCUCUAUGGGACGACUCAGACUCUCUCUACGGAGACAAAAGACCCGUAACUCUUCAUUAUUAUCUGGUAGAUGAUUCGGUGGAGAUCUGCGAACAUCAUCAGCCCAACAGCGGCCGUGACCCGUUUCCAGUUCUGCUCCACAGACAAAAGAUUCCCAAAUGCAUCAAGCCAAUCUGUGAGCCGUUUCCCACCUGUGUUCUGGAAGUUUCCCUGCAUGAUGUGCAGGAGUAUUUCUCUCCCGUAGACCUCCGGGUCGGAGAGGAGGUCACACUGAUGGGAAGACGCUUUCUGCUCUGUGACUGUGAUGAUUUCACCAGAAAAUAUUACCAGGAGAAUCACCCAGACAUUCAGCUUAAACCGGUCACUCCAGACACGACAACGCAGCAGGACACCAGGAGGUUGCAGGUAAUUCCUCUGUAUAAUGGCUUUGGUUCCUUGGAGGAUUCAUUACAGAACUGUCUGUCCCUCAUUCCUGAACCUCCCAAGAAAGAUGUGAUCAAACUACUGGAGAACGACCACAAAGUUUUGCGUUACGCCGCACGACUGGAUUCCCAGAAUCCUCUAGACGAGGGGCGGCGCUUCAUUCUCUCAUACUACCUGUCCAACGACAUGAUCAGCAUCUUUGAAAAAUCCACACGGAAUUCCGGCAUCAUCGGAGGAAAAUUCCUAGAGAAGACUCGCGUUCCCAAACCAGGAAGCACCACGGAGAAGCCAGAACACUACGGACCUGCAGACUUCUUUAUUGGAGCCGUCGUAGAAGUGUUUGGGCAUCGGUUUGUCCUGACGGAUGCUGACCGGUACGUGUUGAGUUAUCUGGAGUCCGUGUCCGAUCGCAUACCUGAACAGGUGCUCUCCUCGCUGAGACGAAAGUUUGUAGCCCCUCUGCAGCAAUCUGAAGGUGAGACUGAUGGGAGUUCUCACUCCUCUUAAGAGCUAAAAUCUACAUAUGUAACGCUGCUGAUCCUCUCAAGAGAAAAGAUUAAAGCAUAUGGGAAUGAAAGCAGGA